AUGGCCGCGAAUCAGGGAAAAGAGCCUCCGAAGGAGAAGGAGAAGGAGCCAAAGUACCACCUGUAUGUCCGGCUCCCAUUCAAUCGGGGGGAUUUUGUAGAUCCUCCACCAGUAAACUGGGAUGAAACCAAGUCGGAGGCCCUAUGGAAUAUCAUAUCUGGAGUUGCGAAGACGGAGAUUGAUUGGACUGAGCUGGCAUCAGAAUUCGGCGUCACGGUUGAGUUCCUUCUUCAGAUGGCCUCUUGUUUGACCGAACACCACACUUCCCAGCUCCGGGCUCAAAUGCGGAAGGCUACGGCGACUAAAGGUUCCAGCGCCGCGCCCUCUCCCAUACCCGGUUCGGAGCCAGCCGGCGCUGGGGCCGGACCCGGUACCGCCGAGGCGAUGAGGCGAACGGGAUCGGGGAGUGGUCGGGCUCCGUCAUCUCUCUCCGUUCGGAAGGAUUAUCUACUCUCUAAGAACGACGGAGGCAUGCUCGAAACACCGCUAAAGACUUCGCUUGCCUCACGCCCUAAAGCCUCACGGAACUCGUCUUCCAACACAACCGUGCUAGCCCAGAACCCGACCGGUGCCAAGAACAUCGCUCGGCCUGGAUCGCCGCGCUCACAGCGCCACCGACUCUCCUCUUUUCCAAUCCCGGCCCAGGCCGCUGCUACCGCGCCGGAGUCCAGCCCGGGUCUAGCCUCCCCCGAGCCUGCCCUCUCUAGCUCCUCUUCUUCGUCGUCAUCAUCGAGUCCGGUCGAAAGCAGGAUAAUGCGGCGGCCGCCUCGUUUCCAAGCACAGGACGGCCUUGGAUCGUUUGCAGACGAGGACGAGGCAGAGCCUGCCUUCCUUCCCUUCCAACCUCAGGCUUCGGGGGCUUCAAGCAGCGGCCACAACACCCAGGACCUCGGCGCGACCCUGCGGGGUGACCAACGAGAUUUUGCUCCGAGACUGGCAAAGGGCCGGGGUAAGGAGAAGGUUCACCAGUCGCAGACGUCAGACUCGUCGACCAGCUCGACUGCCAUGGUAUCGCGUCGGCCAACCGACGACCGUAAACCACCAGGACCACUCUCGCCGCGGCGGCCUGCUGAACUGUCAGGCCGCAGCACGGGUGCCAAGGGCAAAGGUUACUCGAGGGACGGAAGCGACGGCACCCCAAGUAUGGGUAGCAGUUUCAGCGACCUCGAUGAUGCAUCGGUCACUCAGUCGGCGCUAGAGGAAGCCCUGGCAAGUAAGAUGCAAGACGGAGGUACCAUCGGCAGCAAAAUGAGCACCAUAAGCCAGGCUAUUAGGAGUCGCUAUCUGCCAAAGUCUGAUAAACCUUAG